CCUAUUGGUGUAACAUUACACUUCGAAUUAAUUAACAACACCUGUAUGCUGGAGAGAACACGGUCGGCCUGUGGCUAAACUGAAGUGACACUUUUAUCUGCGAAUACCGAACACUUUCAGACUAUAUGCUUUCAGAAGUUACAGAGUAAUCAUACAGUCAAGCUAACACUGUAUAUAAAAAAGUGGCUAAUAUGCUAUAGGUAUGUGAGCGUCCGUUUGGUCCCACACUGGGAGAGGCAGACCGCUCAGCAGCGUUGACGGAGCUGUUGUUGACCCUUGUUUAAAUCGGAUUAUAUGACCUGGGAGGACACGACUUGAUCAGUUGAGAAGGGAAGGGACCUUGCCGUCCAUUCUCGACUACACUGGCUGUUUUUCUUUCUUCUUUGAAGUGAAAAUGCCUCUCUUUAUAAACCGGGACCAAAUAUUUGCGCACCAGGUACACCUGCUGGAGCACAAAUUGAGAAGUAAAGAGGAGCGAAUACUGGAACUUGAGACCGAGAAUGCUAUUCUUCAUUUAAGACUUGCUGAGUGUGUGGGAAAACUCCGUCGGGAACAGGAAGAGGAGACCAAGGCCCUGAACAAUCAUCAGCUCCAAACGGAUGCACAGAAGAUAACCCGGUCAGCCCUUGCCAAACUCCUUCUUGAGGUCCAGGCUGUGAAGCAGGACCUGAGUGAAGUUUUUGCCGUGUAUUUGAGUUUUGCCACUGAGCUGGAGGAGCAGAGCAAGCAGCUACUGGAAAAAGUGACACAAGCCAGCUGUUCUCUUAACGGUCACCACGGAGAUGAGGUUCAGAGCUUGCAAGCUCACGUUGCAGCUCUGGAGCGCUCUCUGGAGGAGGAGAAGGAGCGGUGCAGGGCAGAGAGGCAGAGGAGGAAGGAGCUCCAUAACACACUGGUGGAGUUGAGAGGGAACAUCAGGGUUCACUGCAGGGUGCGACCAGUUCUACCUUUUGACCACAUCCAGUUCCCCACCUCUGGAUCAGGGCCUGCGACAUCAGACGAAGUGAUCUCUGCAAUCAGUGAUGACACAGUGAUGGUGAAUUGCAUAAAAACAGGGAUGCCAGUGCACAACAAGAUGUUUGAGUUUGAGAGAGUGCACGGACCAGAGGAUUCCCAGGAUGCAGUGUUUGAGGAAGUGAAACCGCUCCUCACAUCUCUGCUCGAUGGCUAUAAUGUGUGUAUCAUGGCGUAUGGGCAGACAGGCAGCGGGAAGACUCACACCAUGAUGGGAUCCCAGGCGCUGGAGGGGCACUCAGGGACGCAGCAGGAGACACAGCGGGGUAUAAUCCCCAAGGCUGCUGCUGAGCUCUUUCGGCUGAUCUCCGAGAAGCCUGCGGAGAGUCACACAGUGGAAGUGUCAGUGAUGGAGGUGUACAACAACGAGGUGUAUGACCUUCUGGCCAGAGAUGAGCACAGCAACACCGCUGGACAGCGCCGGGACGUCAUCACCACCUCCUCUGGUGCCAGCCAGGUCACCUCCCUCACAUAUAAGCCAGUGUGUAACGCCUCUGAGGUGAUGAACGUCAUCAGCAGUGUUUUGAAGCUGAGGGCUCACUGUCCCACCCUCGUCCAUACCGACUCUUCACGCUCUCACCUCAUUGUCACCCUCACCAUUUCUUCCAAGAGCCCCAACGCACUGGCCCUGGCCCGCAGGUUACAGAGCGCCAAAAAGGCCAUGCAGUGCUCCACCCAAAAGGAGUGGUGGAGUCCCCGCUGUCGCCGUGCCAAUCCCGCCGCCCGCUACUCAUCUGACGAGCUGUUUGCAAGCUCCGCCUCCUCCCCGUGUCCCUCCCCUUCCCAUUCCCCUUGUCCCUCCCCCAGGCCCAGCAUCUCACAGGGUCUGUUCAGGACCAAGCUGCAGCUGGUGGACCUGGCAGGGAGCGAGUGUGUCGGUAUGUCUGGAGUUUCGGGUGCAGCUCUGUGGGAGGUGUCCUGCAUAAACCGCAGUCUCUCCGCUCUGUCUGAUGUCCUCUCAGCUCUGGCCGAGCAGAGACCACACGUCCCCUACAGGAACAGCAAACUCACUCAUCUGCUACAGGAUGCCAUAGGUGGCGACGCCAAGCUGCUGCUGAUGCUGUGUGUCUCUCCGACACAGCGCUUCAUCACAGAGUCCCUGCAGUCUCUGGGCCUGGGCAUGCGGGCCCGUCAGGUCCAGAAGGAGCUACCACGAAGAAAGCACAACACCCUCAAAUGCUUUGGGUGCAGCUACGUCUAUACAGUAUUUAUACACAUUGUGAUGUAUCCUGUAUCUGCAAUCACCAUCUUUCAAAUGCCUUGAUAGAGUAGUGUCAGCAGAAAACCGUUGUCAGUACAACUUUAAAAUAAACAGAUGAUACAUGCAGAUGUGCAUGUCUUUCUGUAUCAUUCAGUUCUAGGAAAAAAAAAUGUACUGGAAACUUACUGUCAUUAGGCAAUUAAAACAGUGUUUGAAUACAUUGUGCAGACCACUUUACACUCUCCCUCUUCAAAAAUAAAUGCAGGUUAUUUCUCACAAAA